AUGUCCAGCUACGGCAAGGACCAGGACCAAUACGUGUAUGACGCCGCAGCCACAAGACCGAAUCAGGCCCCGAGCUAUCCAGGCCUCGCACAGCCUUCAUUCACCUCGCAGUACACCGAUGCGCCUGCGCGGCUAUCCCAUGAGCCUACAACUGUGGAAAUGCCCUAUAUCUCGACCUCGUCCUACGAGUCACGCGGGGCCAGCAGCUAUCAGGCCGAAUCUCCAUUUAUUGAUGCAAGAUCUCGUCAUCCCGCUCCCCAAAGUACCAACGAGCUCGAAGUAACCAAUGUUGUCCAUCCAUCCCAAGGCACCGCUGGAUCUUCGGUUUUACUCCAUCUGCGAACCACUUACGAUCUCGCGAAAGAGCAAUACAAAUUCACUGUCAUGUUUACGGCUAAAAGAUGCACGGGAGAACUGCAAAAGCUGGACCACGAGGAUGGCUACUUUAACUAUGCUCUCAGUUUCGACGUCCCUCCAUUUCCUUCGACAAAUUCAUGGAAUCCUACGAUGACGCUCAAGCUCCUUGUGGAGGACAAGAACGACCUAGUCAUUCAUGAGAAGGAAGCUGGAAAGUUUACAUUUACCGACAUGUCUCCAACGCUUACCUACCAGUCGGUGGCGGCGACAUCUCCAGAACUCGGGCGGAAGCGGAAAUUCUCUGUUGCCGAAUUUGGGGAGCCCCAAGACUAUUCCGAAGGGGCGAAACGGGCAAAUACGAUGCGUCUGCAGGCGAAACCCCGUUCACUAUCUGGGGCAUAUCCUUCGUCUUCGGUAUCUCCGCUCCCUGGGCAGGCUGCUCUCACUGGCACAUAUGGCUAUUCCAACGCAUACGACCUGAACAAGCCUGCAACUUAUACGCCACAGCUUCCUCAGAAGAGCUUAUACGCCGUGCCUUCUGGUAUCAGCAUGCCUCAGAACGAUAUGAAGCCACCAGCCAUGUCGCCCGGCCUGUCGCACUACAGUGCGUAUUCCUCCAUAGGCCCGAUACGCCGCAGUCCUGCUUCCAUUCCUGCACCACAGACUCCUUCUAGGGCACCUAUGAUGUCCUCCCCUUCGCUCCCGACUCCUACGCUUGUUCGAGCGACAACACUUCCCCAGCCUGGGGGCGGACCCAUGGGUCAGAGUGGAUUCAACCCCUACUUGAUGCCGAGUAAAGCAAAGCUAGAGAUCGAUGGUGACCUGGACAAGAUGAGCACAGACUGGACGCAAGAAGAAUUCGACGCGAAGCGACGGCUCGUACAGUUUGAGAGGUCGCAGGUUGGCAGCACCAUCACGGCUACGUUUGCUCCUGUGACACCGGAGGAACGCCCCGCCCGAAGCAUCUGCGUGAGCUGCAUCCUGUGGGAAGAGAAGGAGGAGUGCUUCAUUACCAGCGUCGAUACGAUCUAUCUCUUAGAACAGCUUGUCAAUGUGCGAUUCACGGUCGAAGAGAAGAACCGUAUCCGACGCAACCUGGAAGGCUUCCGUCCUCUUACGGUUUCCAAGGCAAAGCCAGAGAGUGAGGAGUUCUUCAAGGUGAUCAUGGGUUUUCCCAACCCGAAGCCGCGCAACAUCGAGAAGGAUGUCAAGGUGUUCCCAUGGAAGAUACUCAACCACGCGCUCAAGAAGAUCAUUAGCAAAUACACAGCGAGCUAUUCAUCCACAGCUGGCGCGGGUUCGCUGCCAGGAGCGGGUGCGUCCGCUUAUGUCCCUGUCGGCAUCUCGCAGACGGGAGACGGGCAUCGCCAUGCAUCGCCGCGAUCUGUGGCAAGUUCAGCGGCGACGAAUGCCUACACACCCAGCAUGACGACGAGCGUGUCGCCGAACCUGAGGGGAUCAGCAGGACUGGAUGGAUCAGCUGCGCAUGGCAUACCGGUUCCCCAGAGGGACCCGACAGGGCAGACGAUGAGUCAGUGGGGAGCGGGAGCAGCUCCCCAUCACCCAGUAACACAGUACACGACAGGAAUGCCGACAGGAGGGCGCGGGGGGUCGUGGGAUUAUGGGAAUUACAUCGACACCUCUGGGGCCACGCAACCCAUGCACGACAACCCGUAUCAGCCGUACGGGACCAGCCGCGUAUAA